AUGAUAUCCCUUGCUAUCUUCGACUUCGACGGUACUCUCUUCGAUACACAUGAAUCGAUUUCCAAAACUAUUAAACUCACCUUCGACGCCCUCCUUCCUAAUCAGACCCCACCAGAAGAUGAGAUCUACCGGCUAAUCGCCAGUGGUGCCGGUUUGGCCGACACCUUCAAAGCCCUACAUCCCUCGCCCGCCCAAUUCAUGCCAACCGACGAAGAGGAGUGGAUCGAAAAAUAUCGCUCCCUAUACUCAACUUACGGCCAAUCACAGAUCAAGGCCUUUCCAGGCGCCAAAGACCUUUUGACCGAGCUGAACGCCCGCAAGGUCCCUAUCGCUAUCGUGAGCAACAAGGGGGUCGCGGCCGUGAAAACCGCUCUGGAACGGAAUGGUCUCGCUGGCUGUGUGCCCGAAGAUUUAAUCAUUGGCGACAAGACCCCUGGAGCCAAGCGCAAACCAGAUCCUGCCAGCUUCGUGGAUGUUCUGGCCCCCAUCUUGCGGGGAAGAUACGGGGCGGGGCAGAUUGAGCCGGGCACUGUGCUAGUCGUCGGUGAUACGGUGGCAGAUAUUCAAUUUGCAAGGAAUAUCGGGAGUAAAGUCUGCUGGUGUCGGUAUGGUUAUGGUAAUCAGGAGGCUUGCCAGGACUUGAAGGCGGAUUUCGUGGUCAAUUCAUUGAUGGAAGUUGUCGACAUUGCUAAGGCAUGA